AUGUUCAUUUCAUUGUUUGAUCUGCAUUUCUUUCCUUUUCAGAUAAAUGAAGAUAAUUCCCUUCCAAGGUCAAUGAAUGAGAUAAAUAUUUCUCGGGUGACUGAAUUUGUAUUGCUGGGACUCUCUAGUUCACGGGAGCUCCAACAUUUCUUGUUUUUCAUAUUUUCACUACUUUACACAGGAAUACUGCUGGGCAACAUUCUCAUCAUCCUCACUGUGUCCUCAGAUGCCCUCCUUCAUACUCCUAUGUACUUUCUGCUUGCAAACCUCUCUUUUACAGAUAUGUGCAUUGCCUCAUUUUCUACACCUAAAAUGAUUGCUGACUUUAUGGUAGAGCGCAAGACUAUUUCUUUUGAAGCCUGCCUGGUUCAGAUUUUCUUUGUCCAUCUAUUUGGUAGUGGUGAAAUGGUGCUCCUUGUAUCCAUGGCCUUUGACCGUUAUGUUGCUAUUUGCAAACCUCUUCACUACAUGACAAUCAUGAGCCGCCGUGUGUGUAUUAUUCUGGUCCUCAUCUCCUGGAGUAUUGGCCUCAUCCAUACCACUAUCCAGUUGGCAUUUACUGUUAACCUGCCUUUUUGUGGUCCUAAUCAGGUGGAUAGCUUUUUCUGUGACCUCCCUCUAGUGACCAAGUUGGCCUGCAUAGACACUUAUGUCAUCAGUCUACUAAUAGUGGUGAACAGUGGCUUUCUUUCUAUGAUUUCAUUUCUCCUCCUGGUCAUCUCCUACACUGUGAUACUUAUCACAGUUAGGAAACGCUCCUCCGCCAGCAUGGCAAAGGCCCGCUCCACGUUGACUGCCCACAUCACUGUGGUCACAUUAUACUUGGGACCAUGUAUCUUCAUCUAUGUGUGGCCCUUCAAUAGUUAUUCAGUCAACAAGGUACUUGCUGUGUUUUACACCAUCUUUACUCCUAUUUUAAACCCAGUUGUCUACACUUUAAGGAACAAAGAGAUGAAGGCAGCUAUGUCAAAACUGAAGAGCAAGUAUCUGAAGCCUGGUCAGGUUUCUACAGCAUAA